AUGCGCGGUGGUGAAGGUCUGGGGUGGAUUUUGGGGGCUCGGGGCAGGUGUGGGCUCCUGCCGCUCCGGAACGUUCCGCUGCCGCGCCGCCUGCCCACGCCCGAGCCCCCCAGCCUGCCCGAGCUGCCCCGCGAGCCCGGCGCCAGCCCCGCGCACCCCCGCCACGAGGAGAAGCCCCCUCCCCCCACGGAAUUCGACUUUGACGACGAGCCCCUCCCCCCCAACCCCGCCCUCAUCGACCGGCGCCGCACCCCAGGGCCGCCGAGCCGCGGGCAGAAGCGCGAGGCGCGCCUGGACAAGGUCCUGUCGGACAUGAAGCGCCACAAGAAGCUGGAGGAGCAGAUCCUGAGGACCGGCCGCGACCUCUUCCCCCCCGAGGGCCCCCAGAGCCCCAAGCGGCCCCCGGGGCUCUUCCUCCGCCACAGGAAGUACUGAAAAAUGAAAAAAUUAAAAUUAUCCUCACUUGUCCUGGC